AUGGUAGCCCACAUUAUCCGUGAACCGACCAAAUUCUUUGCAAACCCGAUUUGUGCCCUUCAAGCAGAGAGACGAUGGGCUGUAAGCGGUACACCCAUUCAAAAUCGCCUCACGGAUCUUGUCAGCUUGUUCAAGUUCCUCCGGUGCUCCCCGUUCGACAACCGGAAGGUGUUCAACAGCCAGGUCGCCCAAAAUUGGAAAGCAAGGUCCGAUCCAGAUUCAGUUGCAAAAUUGAAAACCCUUGUGAACCGUCUUUCCCUGCGACGCCCCAAGAACACCAUCGAUUUACCUCCUCGAAGAGAUAACCUUGUCGAUCUAGCAUUCCACGAGCAAGAGUGGGAAGAUUAUCAAAGAGUCAAAGCUAUGACUUUGAACAACCUCCAAACUGCCGGCCAGGACAUUCACGGCGCCACCUUUUUCAACGCAUUGAAGUGGGUCAAUGAACUUCGUCUGAUAUGCAAUCAUGGAAUGAAGACCCCGAUAGAGACGCAGAGAUCCGAAGAAAGACCACCAGCAUGGAGCAUACAACAGGCCCAAGCGCACUUCGACCAACUUGAUGAAGUUGGACUGGCCAAAUGCUCCAACUCCAGCUGCUGUCAAGACUUGUCCUCUGCUUUAUCAAGUGAGACUGGUGCCGAACACGAAGACGAGCCCUGA